AUGACAGUCGGCAUAAAACAGCGGAUCGGGUUGUUUGAACUGAAUUUGGAAGUAUUUUCGUUUUUUCUGCCAUUAUUUGUGAAGAUUUCACGACAGCAAUGAAAAAAACGUUAAUAUUGUUGUCAAUUCUGUUCUUCCUAACAGGGUUCGUUGGUGCUGAGAAUUUGGAAGAAGAUGUUGGAACCGUGGAAAAUGAUUUGGGUGCUAGUCGUGAGGGAUCUCGAACAGACAAUGAAGUGGUCCAGAGAGAAGAGGAGGCAAUUAAACUGGAUGGAUUAAAUGUGGCUCAAAUGAAAGAGCUUAGAGAAAAAGCUGAAAAAUUUGCUUUUCAAACUGAGGUCAAUCGUAUGAUGAAACUCAUUAUAAAUUCUUUAUAUCGCAAUAAGGAUAUUUUCUUAAGAGAAUUGAUAUCAAAUGCGUCUGAUGCAUUAGAUAAAAUUAGACUACUCUCACUUACUGAUAAAAAUGUCUUGGACACCAAUCCAGAGUUAGCAAUUCGAAUAAAGUCUGAUAAAGAAAACAAGAUAUUGAGUAUAAUUGAUUCUGGUAUUGGUAUGACUAAAAAUGAAUUAAUUAAUAAUCUUGGAACCAUUGCAAAGUCAGGAACUGCUGAGUUCUUAGGAAAAAUGUUAGAAACUUCUGAUUCUAAAGAUUUGAAUGAUAUGAUUGGUCAAUUUGGAGUUGGUUUUUAUUCUGCCUUCCUAGUUUCUCAUACAGUAGUAGUAACUUCGAAAAGUAAUGAAGAUAAACAACACAUUUGGCAAUCUGAUAGCAGUAGCUUCAGUAUUGUGGAAGAUCCCAGAGGAGAUACUUUGAAGAGAGGAACCACAGUUAGUUUGCAAUUGAAAGAUGAGGCAUUGGACUUUUUAGAAGAAGAUACCAUUAAGAAUCUUGCAAAAAAAUAUUCGCAAUUUAUCAAUUUCCCUAUCUAUCUCUGGAGUAGUAAGGUUAUUCAAGUAGAUGAAGAAGAUGAAGAUGAAGAUAAACAUGUGAAAAAAGAUGAAAGCGGAAAAGAAGAAACUACCGAAGAUAAAGUAGAUGAAGAGGAAGAUGCAAAGAUAGAAGAUGCAGAGGAAGAGAAAAAAACGAAAAAAGUUGACAAAACUGUUUGGGACUGGGAGUUACUGAAUGAUUCUAAACCCAUAUGGACUUUGAAACCAUCUGAAGUUGAAGAGAAAGACUACAAUGAGUUUUAUAAAGCAUUAACAAAGGACACUCAGGAUCCUUUGGCAAAGAUUCACUUUGUAGCAGAGGGUGAAGUCACUUUCAAAUCGCUUCUUUUCAUUCCUAAAGUUCAGCCAAGUGAUAGUUUCAAUCCCUAUGGCACUAAAGCAGACAAUAUUAAAUUAUAUGUUAGGAGAGUUUUCAUUACAGAUAAAUUCACAGAUAUGAUGCCAAAUUACCUAUCUUUUAUUCGUGGCAUUGUCGACAGUGAUGACUUGCCACUGAAUGUCUCACGUGAAAAUCUGCAGCAACAUAAACUCAUCAAAGUAAUAAAAAAGAAAUUGAUUAGAAAGGUGCUUGAUAUGAUUAAAAAAAUCCCUAAGGAGGAUUAUGAGAAAUUCUGGAAAGAAUACAGUACCAAUAUCAAGCUUGGUGUAAUCGAAGAUGCUCAAAACAGAGCUAGAUUAUCCAAGCUUUUACUGUUUCAAUCAUCUGUACAAAAAGGUGUUACAUCAUUAUCAGAUUAUGUUUCCCGAAUGAAACCUAAUCAACAGUACAUCUACUAUAUUGCUGGCUCUUCUGAUGAAGAAGUGAAGAAGUCUCCAUUUGUAGAGAGAUUAGAUAAGAAGGGUUAUGAAGUUCUGUACCUUACAGAAGCAGUCGAUGAAUACGCUAUUUCUGCUGUUCCUGAAUUUGAUGGUAAAAAGUUCCAAAAUGUAGCUAAAGAAGGUUUCUCACUUGAUGAAGGAGAGAAAACCAAGGAGAGAAUGGAACAGUUGAAAACCACCUUUGAACCACUAGUUAAGUGGCUAAAUGAUAUUUUGAAGGAUCACAUUAGCAAAGCUCAGGUAUCAGAACGUCUCACGGACUCUCCAUGUGCCCUUGUUGCUAGUAUGUUUGGGUGGACAGGAAAUAUGGAAAGAUUAGCUAUCUCAAAUGCUCAUCAAAAGACUAGUGAUCCUCAGAAGAAUUAUUAUUUAAAUCAAAAGAAAACUUUGGAGAUUAAUCCAAGGCAUCCGCUUAUUAGAGAACUUUUGCGUAGAGUGGAAGUUGAUACAACAGAUCAGACAGCAAAGGACAUUGCAUUGAUGAUGUUCAGAACGGCAACUCUUCGAUCGGGAUACAUGUUAAGAGAAACUGCCAGUUUUGCGGACAGUGUAGAACAGUUAAUGAGGAAAACUUUAGGUAUUUCUCUAGAUGAAGUUCCUGAAGAAGAAGAAGUACAGGAAGAAGAUUUUAGGCCAACAGAAAAACAGGGAUCAGAGAAAAUCAUAGACAUAGACGCAAACGAAGAUGAAGAAGACGAAAAAAAGCAUGAUGAAUUAUAAUUGAGAUUUGUAUCACAUUAGACUAUAAUUUUGUAGUUGUCUGACUAUACAAUGUAUAGUGACUGUCAUUGCAAAUACAACGUUUGUUCGUUGUUACGAACAAAGAUGAACUGUUGUACAGAGAAAAAAAUAAUAGUUAUAUCCUUUGAUGAUACCUUGCAUAAUUUCACUGUUUUUUGUAAUCAUAUUAUUGCAACGACGCAUCAAAGGAUAUGAUAAUUAAACAAACAUAAAAGGAAAGAUAUAUAUCGUUACUUAAGUUUGUCAUCAUAUAUGUCGUAAGUUCCAUUUUCGAUAAAAAAAUGUCAUAAUUUAUUUCGUUUGAUCUUCCACCUUUUUAUAUAAGUAAAGUGAAAGGAAUUACGGACUGAACGUAAUAAAUAUGUAUAGUAUGUUUGUGAUGCGAAUGAAUGUAUUUGUAUAAAGAAUAUUAAAAAAUGAUUACUGAAA